GCCGAGAUAACAAUGGCAACCUUCUUACGGCGCUUGUUGGUAUCCUUGGCCUGUGAGGUUGAUGGGACAACCCUUUCCUUCUUGGCCUCGAUCUCCUCGGACCAGGUCUCGUGGUCUGCAUAUGCGGUCUUGUCCUCUUCCCUGAUGGCAGCCAAAGCACUUCCAACAGCUGCGCCAGCCGCACUCAGCCCUCCAGUAACAGUCCUCCUCGCGGUAUCGAAGAAUUGUGAAGGGCUCGGCGUCCGGCGCAACGCAGCCCAGCCCAGGGUGGACGAUUCCACCUGCGAGGCUGCAGCAGCGACACCAGGACCGCCCGAGCGAGUCUGGGUCCCGCCAGCAGCACCAUCCCGGGACGCGCCGUAGGCGGGGUUGUCGCCAUAUUCGCCUUCAUCGUAGUCGAGAUCCUGGUAGGCGGAACCGGUCUCUGCUUCCUCCUGAUCUUCCUCCUUCCGCUGGCUCCAAACCCAGGCGACAACUCCCACUGUCGCAACCGUGACGGUCACGGCGAGCGGGACCCAAUGGUUCCAAACGCCGCGGCGGCGGGACGACUCAUAGGGCGGCGACAUUGGUGAUGUUGCGAUCGAUCAUCUCGUUCCGGGCGGGUUGCGGCUUGCUCUCGUCGGUUUACUCGGGGAGGUCGUCAAGAGAUGUUGAAAACUAUGUGGCUGGUGAUGGGGAGGGACACUAUAGUCUAAGCAGGUGGUAGCAUGUGGACAUGGACAUGGACAUGUGGAGAUGGCGCGGUCAAUGAGAAGGCUGGGGAGGGAUGGCACGGUUUGUUGAUGCCGGCGCCCCCAGCGCGGUUGCGGCCCCAGCUUCCUCUUGUUGCACACCAAAGCCGAGCUCCAAUUUUCGGAUAGACCAAACCGAGGCAGGUGGUUGGCCCGGAGAGAAAUAACAAAGGAGAGCUGAAGCUGACGCCAAGAAACACGGUGUGGUCCGUGUUCUUGUCAGAAUACGUCACUUUUCAACAGCCCAAGUUUGACAAAAGCAUCAGUCUGGCCUCAGGAACUAGGACAAUCACAACUGCUAACAUUGUCGAUUGCAUUCUGCGAUCUCAAAGAGGUUGUCUAGUACUCUAGCCUAGAACCCAAUAUCAUUCCUCAAUCUACACGUAUCCAAUAUGCAAUGCCGAAGCCACAAACCCUAACCCUGUUAUGUCAAGGAGGGGCAUUCACACAUGAAUGGAGGGGUCUUUUAAGGGCAACCCUUCCUUUGCGGCUGGCUUCUGGUGACUCAGAUUCUCACUUACAGUAACAAAAGCCAGAGGAAAAGUCAGCUCCAUCAACCCAGUCACUGAUUCAGAUUUCCAGUUGGACAGAGGUCUAGACUUACCAUACAGGGCAGCCCGUCACAUAAAAUCAACCCCACCUCAAAUUUCCUUGAGCAAUCACCUUCAUCGAACAGUUACUCGUCUAAGAUACUUGCUGCCAUGCCCCACGCAGUCACUAUCGCGACCCCUGGGUUGCAGGCCCUCAUCUUGUGCGGCCCGGGAAGCUCAUUCCCAACGUUCACAGCAAACCCUGAUGAGAACCCAAAGGCUCUGUUUCCCAUUGCCAAUCGGCCUAUGGUCUGGUACCCGCUUGAAUUUUGUUACCGAGCUGGCAUCACAAACAUCACACUCAUCUGCCCCCCAUCAGCCAAGGAAGCCAUUGACAGUGCGCUCAAGACAAAUCCAUUCCUGACUGGCUUGCCACUCCCACGCCCUGAUCUCCUUGCACCAGAGGACUUGGAUCAAAACACGGGCACUGCCGAGAUUCUCAGACUUCCAGAGCUACAGUCACUCGUAACUUCCGACUUCUUGGUCCUCCCUUGCGAUCUGGUAUGCGAGUUGGGUCCAGAGAAGCUCUUGCAAGCAUGGAUGGUCAAGUCUGCCAGUUUAGGAGAUGUGCUGGGCGACUCUCGCGCAUCCCAGGGAAAGCACAGCGGCGGUCUGUCCGUCUACUACCAAACAAAAUCAGAGACACCCAUCAAGGGUGAGGAAACCGAGUUUAUUGCGACAGUACCACUGCCCUCAUCCUCAGUGCUGCCCGCGAGCGGCUCUCUCUUCCCUCACCUGUCCAAGCUGGUAUGCUCGAUGCCCACGGAUACUCUGAAGGAUACCCUGGAGGACAAGAAGGGCUUCCCUUCCCGCCACGACCUCGUCGAACAGCACCCCAAGAUCAAAAUGCAUACCACCCACCGCGACGCCCAUAUUUACAUCUUCCCUCAAUGGGUGAUGAAGUUCGUCAAGGAAAAUGACCGACUCGAAACCAUUGGCGAAGAUGUCAUCGGCUGGUGGGCCAAAGCCAGCUGGCAAAAGGGCCUCUCUUCCAAGCUUGGAUUUGACGAGUUUCUCGCCCUACCAGUGGACGAUUCGUCUUCCCAACACGGCGACACCAACAGUCCCCGUGGUGAAACCACCAACACCACCAGUCUCGAGACUGCCACUCAAAAGCUCAGCCUGAACUCCACCCCAGCUGAGGAACCUAACCAGGUGGUCACCUUCAAGACCCCCAAGGUAGAAGAGCCUAACCCCAUGGAGUCUGCUUCCAAAUCGGUAGAGGUACCACCAUUGCUCGCCUACAUCCACCCUACCUCUACCGGCACCCCAGCCAAACCAACACCCAUCAUCCGCCGCGUCGACACGGCCCAACUGCUACUGCAAAUCUCCCUCCAACUGGCCAAGUUGCCUUCCCUAGAGGAGAUCCAGGACACCACCAACCCACCCAGUCCCUACUGCCACGCCCGCAAGGUCGCCUACCCAGAGGGUGUCAAGCCCAGAACCACCAUCUCCAAGUCUGACUCUCUCGUCGCCGACAACGUGACCGUGUCAGAGAAGACUUCCAUCAAGGAGUCCGUCAUUGGGACCAACUGCCAGAUCGGCGAGGGCGCCAAGCUGCAGGGUUGCCUGCUGAUGGAUGGUGUGGUGGUUGGGAAGAACUGCAAGUUGACCAAGUGCAUCAUUGGGAGGAGGGCCGAGUUGGGCGAGGGGUGCUCGCUGACUGGUUGUGAGGUGCAGGAGAAUCUGCUGGUGGAGGCCAAGACGGAGGCGAAGGAGGAGAAGUUUAUGAGCUCGAGCGGGCUGGAGGCUACGAAAGAGGAGCUGGAUGAUGCUUAUGAUGAGAGGGAUGAUGAUGUGGAGGGGAGUGUUGAUGGGGAGGGGAGCGGGAGUGAUGAGGAGUAGGUUGUUGCUCAAGGGCAAAGGAAGAAUGGGGUUCUGUCUCUGAAGGAUAUAUUGACAUGGUUUUAAAAGAAUCCAAUUGUCUCUCAGUUGCCUGAUAUGCUGUGAGACGUGAAUCGCAGGCUCGCUCGUCGGUAUAUAAAGGCUACCUAUAUAUAUAUGGAUGAGGUACCGACAUGUGUUAGAUUCGUGGGGUGUAAAUACUAUUCUUGUCAACAGUCCUGUCAUGCUUUCCUACCUUGCUACUCUAUUAGGUAGACACGGAACCUUUUGAGGUCAACUGGUGGAGCAAAGCAAUCUCACAUGUUUUCCUUUUCA